AUUGUGGUUCCACCCGGAUGUCGCACUAAGGCCGACCUUGUGAUAACUGAGGACGAGUAUGACGGACACUUUCGUGUGGAGAGUAUCUUCGAGGGCCAAAUCUCCGUGCUCGUUAAGGACAAGAAGGACGGUUCCGUGCUCUGUCCCGUGAUCAUCGGUGAUCUGACCAAGGUUCUGACACCACAGUACGGGUUCAUGCCGAUAAAGGACAAACGUGGCGCCGUCUCCUUUGUGAAUGAGGGUCGCUGCUUCUGCUCUUACGGCGUUGGUCAACGGGUGGACCUCACGGAGUCGAAGAUUGAGAUUUGA